AAUUACCCUAUCCCCGCUUAUCCCACCGACAACAAGGUGUGAGAUGUAUGAUCCUUCCCCCAGCUACUAUCUGCCAACAAAUGACUAUGAAGAUUUUAUGGCAAAGCUAUUCAAUGAGAAUGAGUUUUUUCAACUGAGAGAGAACAUUUUCAAAUACCCUUUACAACCAUAUGAGCCAGUUCCCUUAGAUGAUAUUCCAUUGGAAGUGGUUAAAUCAGUGGAGGGACUAUCUGGUUUUGGUGCUAGUGCAAGUGUUGGUGUUGGUGAUACUGCAAGUGCAAGUGUUGGUGUUGGUGAUACUGCAAGGGCAAGUGUUGGUGUUGAUGAUACUGCAAGUGCAAGUGUUGGUGUUGGUGAUACUGCAAGUGCAUGUGUUGGUGCUAGUGUAGGUUAUAAUGCUAGUGCUGGUGGCAUUGCUUUUGCUAAUUUUAAUGCUGACAUUGAUUCUAGUGUUGUUUUUGGUGCUAAUGCUAGUUCUAGCACAACACUUACAGUAGCAACUAUUGAUCCACAAGUUGCUGGUCCUUCAUCAUUUGGUAAUCAUUCCAUGUUUAACAAUACAAUGCACAACCCACUCACUCAAUUUGAAUCGUGUUCAUCACCAAGCAGCUUCUCAGGGCUUACUCAUCAUGCUAGUAGUAGCAGCAGCAGUCACCAACAACUUCAAAGGUACCUUCCGAACCAAAUGAAUGGGAUCAAUGCACAAGGUAUACCUGCAAUGACGCCUCAACAUAUCAGUAGCAACAGUAAUAAUCAGGGACUUUUUUGGCUUCGCCCACCACCUCUCGUGGAUUUUCCAUACUUCGUACCUGCGUGGGAGGGAAGUUUGGUUGGAAGAAUUCACUCGUACCGCCAAUUCCUUAGUCAAGCAAGGGUCGUGAGGAAACCAACAUCACCUGUCACGCUUACCGAUCAGUGGUGCUGUAGGCUAGAUAUCGCCCUCUUCAUACCCUUAUCCACGGUCAACUAUACAAUGAAGUUUUGUGGUGGACCCAUUGAUUAUGUGUUCUUUCACAUAAUUAAAUUCAACAAUCUGGACUUAUAUGAUUAUAUGAUGAGUACAAAUUUGUGUGCAAAGAUUGUACUUCCUUCACAAAUUGUAAUAUUGUCUACAACCAACAGCAAAUAUCACUUCUUAGGGGCAAUUUUUUCAGGGGAUACGGUGUUUAUUCAACCUGUCUAAGUUAUGAAAUAAAGGUUCAAAGAGUUGUUGUGAGCCGAAAGAGCAUGAAAUCAGAGGAAAGAGACCAAUCAUGAGAUCUUCAUGUAACAACCCUAUCAAAAAAUUGAUACUUGUCACAUAGAGUUGCAUGCUGUACUUGAUGGAAAUCGUCGUUGGUGAGAACAUUGCAGGAUAAAAUAGAGUGAGGGUGUUGAGGAGAAGAAUGAAAUAAAGCAAAGGAAGAAAAGAGUUGCCACCUAGGGUUGUAGCAAGACGAGCUAGAGAUAGCAAUUUUUGCACAAGCAGCCAACUAAACGGCUUGUGGCUCUGAAAAGUUCUGUAAUUAUAAAUGUUUGUUUUGACAUUUU